AUGGCAGGUAGUUCCUGGAGUGAAGGCAUCUCCAAUGAGACAGUUGGUAACGCCAGUUCAGAGUUCAGCUUGGAAGCAGAUUUCCAGUAUUCCUUGUUUACCGUCAUCUACAGCUUUGUCUUUGUGCUGGGACUGGUGGAAAAUGUCUUGGCUCUGUACCUCCUGUCCUGCAGAGUAAAGCACACGUCUCAUUCCUACGUGUACAUGAUCAACCUGGCUCUGGCAGACACCUUGUUUGUGUGCGUGUUGCCUUUUAAAAUUCAUUACCACCUGAACUGGAACAACUGGAUCUUUGGUGACAUGGCUUGUAGGAUAACCGGGACUUUGUACUACAUCAACAUCUACCUCAGCAUUGCCUUCUUCACCUGCAUUUGUGUCGAUCGCUACAUUGCCGUGCUGCACCCCUUCACGUACAUCCAGAUCAAAGUCACCCAUAACGUGGUGGUGGUCACACUCCUUUGGGUGGUCGCUCUGAGUGUCAUGGUUCCGCUUAUCCUUGGCGGUCCCCUCCACAACAGUGGUGACGGGAACACAACAGCGUGUUUUGAGAACUUUACUACAAGUAGCUGGACAUACCGCAUGGCACCUUACAACAUCCUGGCCCUAGUUUUUGGGUUUGUGAUCCCUUUUUCCAUCAUUCUGAUCAGCUACCCUCUGAUUGCGAAGAGGAUCUCCCGGAUCAAGCACAGCGUUCGCAAGAGGAAGGCCCUGAGCACCAUCUACAUCAUCCUGGUCAUUUGUACUCUGUGCUUUCUGCCCUAUCAUCUCACCCACUUGCUCCACUUCUUGAUGAGAGUCCAGGUCAUCCAGAAUGAGUCAUUUACCAACCUGAUCUACAAAAUGCGGAAGGUCACCUUGGCCCUCGUGAGUGUCAACUGCUGCCUUAACCCCCUCCUGUACUACUUCACCUCUUCCAGCAAGCAGUGGCGCUUCAACCUCAGGCUCAGGUUCCGCUCAGAGAAGGUGUACACCAUCUGCGACCAGAAAUUCGGGGAGUCCUCCUAUGUUUAUCGACGACAACGGAGAUGUGGAAAUAAACACAGAGAUGGAAUCAACUGA